CCGCCUGGUCACGUGGCCCAUGGCCACUCCACCCUAAACGGCGACUCCGUUUUGCCGCUUAUGUUGCGUCAGUGCCGUAAAAUGAGCACUGACUUCCAGCAGCUGCUUUAGUGUUGAAGCAUGGGGAAGCCGCGCAGGAAAGUGGAGUUCAGCCAUGCUGAGCGGAUGAUGAUGACAAUUGCCGAUGUCCUCAAGCAGCUGAUUGAAGCUCAUGAACAGGGGAAGGAUGUUAACCUUAAUAAAGUGAAAACAAAAACUUCAUCCAAGUAUGGCCUGACUUCGCAACCUCGUCUUGUGGACAUCAUUGCAGCUGUGCCCCCUCAAUACAGAAAGGUGCUAAUACCAAAACUGAAAGCAAAACCCAUCCGGACAGCCAGCGGGAUUGCAGUGGUUGCAGUGAUGUGUAAACCACAUCGAUGUCCUCACAUCACCUUCACAGGAAACAUUUGUGUAUACUGCCCUGGGGGUCCAGAUUCAGACUUCGAAUAUUCAACUCAAUCUUACACAGGGUAUGAGCCAACCUCAAUGCGAGCCAUACGUGCAAGAUAUGACCCCUACUUACAGACAAGACAUCGUGUGGAGCAGUUGAAACAGUUGGGACACAGUGUGGACAAGGUUGAGUUCAUUGUGAUGGGUGGGACUUUUAUGGCGCUGCCAGAAGAAUACAGGGAUUACUUCAUCCGUAACCUGCAUGAUGCCCUCUCCGGUCACACCUCCAACAAUGUGGCAGAGGCAGUCAAGUACUCUGAGCGUAGCAAUACGAAGUGUGUUGGCAUCACCAUUGAGACCAGACCAGACUACUGCCUGAAGCGCCAUCUCAGUGACAUGCUGCAAUAUGGGUGUACACGGCUGGAGAUUGGGGUACAGAGUGUCUAUGAGGAUGUGGCCAGAGACACCAACAGGGGUCACACGGUUAGGGCCGUGUGUGAGUCAUUCCAACUGGCAAAGGAUGCUGGCUUUAAAGUUGUGGCACACAUGAUGCCUGACCUUCCUAAUGUCGGCCUGGAGAGAGACAUUGAACAAUUCAUCGAGUUCUUUGAGAACCCAGCAUUCCGCCCUGAUGGUAUGAAGCUGUAUCCUACAUUGGUGAUCCGUGGCACCGGUCUUUAUGAGCUCUGGAAAACUGGCAGAUACAAGAGUUACUCACCCAGCACGCUUGUGGAUUUGGUGGCUCGGAUCCUUGCACUCGUUCCCCCCUGGACACGGGUGUAUCGUGUUCAGAGAGAUAUCCCAAUGCCUCUGGUCAGUUCUGGAGUAGAGCAUGGGAACCUGAGAGAACUAGCUUUGGCCAGGAUGAAAGAUUGGGGAACUGAGUGUCGUGAUGUCCGAACAAGGGAGGUUGGAAUCCAGGAAAUUCAUCACAAAGUGCGACCGUAUCAGGUAGAAUUGAUAAGAAGAGAUUAUGUUGCAAGUGGUGGCUGGGAAACGUUCUUGUCCUAUGAGGAUCCUGAACAGGACAUUCUAAUCGGACUACUCCGCCUACGGAAGUGUUCUGAGGAAACGUUCAGAACAGAGCUGAAGGGAGGAGUAUCUAUUGUGCGAGAACUCCAUGUAUAUGGCAGUGUAGUGCCUGUCAGUGCACGGGAUCCAUCCAAAUUCCAACAUCAGGGUUUCGGAAUGCUUUUAAUGGAGGAGGCAGAACGGAUUGCUCAAGAAGAACAUGGAUCAUCCAAAAUUGCUGUUAUUUCAGGUGUUGGUACAAGGAAUUACUACAGGAAGAUUGGUUAUGAAUUGGAAGGACCCUACAUGGUCAAACGUUUCGACUGAGCUCAUUUGUUUCCCACCAGUUAUUGAGCAGGGUGCUGUUGAAAAUCCUGACCAUUGCAAGCUGUGCUUUUAAGAAUGACUUUGCUAUGUUGCACCUUAAAGGAUUAAAGGCUUAGUUCAGCCUUUGACCUAAUCAAUCCAAAUCUGCAAAACCACAGACUCCUUAUACUAGUUUUGACAAACCAUGCGGCUCGUCUGGAUUGAAAAUGGUAGUUGAUUGUCAAGUCCAACAUGAUCUCGGUCACACAAGGAUUGUGAGUAGGCUUCACCUCUGUUACAAUAGACUAUCCUUGUACAAGCCCGGAUCCAGCCAAAGGAGGAAUUUAUAUUGUCACACAAGACAGUGGUGGAUAGAUAUGAUUGUUUGGCUCUCCGUUGAAAUAUCCUAUUGUUAAAUGAUUCACAGGUUUUGCUUUCCCCUUCCUAUAUGCCUUCUGUUCUUCAGGUUUGAAAGGCCUAUGUCUCUUCAUACACUGAUGGACUGAGCACUAGUUUCACUUGUUGAAUUUGUUCAAAGCAGGUGGUUUUAGAAAAUUGAGUUUAAUUCAUUUACAGGUUAACUGGUCAGUCAUUGGUAAUGAUCUGUUUAGAACAGGUGUUAAUACAAAAAUAAUCAUUACAGUUGAGCAGAUGUAUUUAAUAUUUCAAAUAUUCACUUGUGGAUUGUUUCUGUAAUGGGUUCGGCAAGUCUUGACAUUAUUGUGAAGGAUGUUUAUUUCAAAGGGUUCCAGUAUUUGCAGGAUCGCUCUGGCAUUGUGAUAUGAAAACUGUCGGAUUAAAAUUAUGUGAUACAUGAAAGAGAAAAUGCCUAGAAUAGCAUGACAUCCCUCCCCAUGCCGUCAGGACAAUCCCCUCCACUAAAAGGACCCUAGAGCCUAAAAACACCACUAUCUGAUCAUUGUCUUCUCCUUCUCCUCCUCCUUAUCUUAAACCCCCAAAAUACAACAAAUAUUUCCCUGACAGAGACCACCCUAAACCUCACCAUCUCCACUCCUCGCCUAAGCUGUGUAGCAAUUCUAGAAAUGAUCUGCUAGAGUCCUGUUUACUAACUUAGGUAAGGCUCACUCGUUGACUUUCCACAUAGACAACAUCAAAUUGCAACAAUGGCCUGUUUGAAGUGAAACUACUCUCGAGUGAUUCAACAGUUGUGAGUGCUGUCAGUCUUUGCAACAAAUCAUGUGAAAGCACAUUUUGGAGGCAAAAGAAAUGUGGUGGACUUCUCAGAUUGAAAGCUGGUCCAGUGCAGUUAAGCUGCAAAGACUGGCCGUUGAAAUUCUGAAAAUCUUUUGCAGAUUUAAUUCAAUAAAGUAAGAUCUUUUCUGCUCAUGAAGCUUAUAGUGCUUUACUAAAUAUCUAUGUUCAUUUUGAUUUCAAAUAGUUGGGAAAUCCUUCAGUCGGCUCUUUUUUUCACUUUGUCAGCACAGGUUCCAGCAGACACUGACAAUACAGUAUUAACAGUGCUAACAUGCAGCAAUCAAUCUGAUCUGAAUGACCUCUGACGCAGUAAUUACUCUAUAUGCUGGCCUCUGUCUGCACUGGGGUGUCCCACCACUAAUGGUUCCCAAAUGAAGUGUUGCUCCUCUUGAGACUUACUUGUUCUUUGUUUUCAACUGCUUCAAUUGUUAUUUUCUCAUCAUUGGUCAUUUUCCACAAGUUUGCUGCUUGCCUAUUAAAUUCCUGUGAUGAUCUGUCUGAUUAUCUAAUUAUAUUUUGCUAAAACUGCCCCAGGUGAUCAAUGAGUGUUUGACUGAACACUCGGUACUUCUUUUAUUAGAUAACACAUGCUCACACACAUUUGCUACACGCAAGACAAUUUUUCUCAAACUGUACACUCAGGACUAUCUUAUUAGAAUACAAUUUUUCCAAAGGGAAACUCAUUCAUCACAGGACUAAUUUACUCACUGCAAAACAACAAAAACACUGGAGGUGAGGGAAUGAGCUGCUAAAUUGGCAGCAGAGUACUUCCAUUGUGAAAUAGUGAAGGAGUCAGCCUAGAGGUACUGAAAGCCUCUCAUCAACACCUCCCCUUCUCAGCCCUCCACUGCUCUCCCAUUGUGUGGUGGGACCUCCUGUUGGCAAAACUGGCACGGAUAGGUGUGAUUCAUUGAAACUUUCUUAAUUUAGUAUUAAUCAUAUUCUGUUGACCAUUGUAUUGAUCUCAUGUUUAAAUAUUGACCUUUUCACUGACAGAAGAUGAACCGAAUCACAAUGUUUUGUUUUGAUGGAUUUAUUUCUUAAAAUGUAUGAACAUAUGAAAUUGGAGCGGAAGGAGAACAUUCAGUGAGACCAUUGAUCUCGAUGAUCACAGCAGGC